CUCUUCCCCCCUCUUAGGCCGCGACCGCAGCCCAGCAGCACGGCAACGGAGACCUCGACCACGCCCAACCGCCACCUGUCCGUCCCUCCUCCAACUCUGUACUCUCCGGUCCGAGCCGUCCCCCUCAGACCCAGACUUCACUCUCCAAACGGCCACAGAGCGGCGUCGCCACGGCAAACCUCAACCCUCCAACCGAUCGCUGCCGCCCCCGCCGGCCAGGCCUCCCCCAUCAGCAGACCGCUGGCCGGACUCAAGAGCUGCCCGUUAACUCAAGCCAUGCUGGGGCCCGGCCAAUCACAGCACGGCUCGUUACCCGCGACCAACGCCAUGUCUGCCUCCUCGCACUUCGAGCGCUCGCCGUCUGCAGCCCGGCAGCUGCAAAUCAUCGCCCUCUCCUCGGGACGCCAGACGCAACCUUGCACGUACACCCACGCCGUGCAGCCUCCUGCCGUGGAGUCGCCCGAGCUGCCCGGCCAAUCAAAGAGGACGUUGAGCGGCGAAGACGCGCUCCCUCCUCCUCUGAACCCUUCGCUGCCAAAAAACUCCUCCCCUCUGCCCUCGCCUCCGUCCCUCCUGAGCCCAGCGUCCCCUCCGAGUCAGGCCGGUCCUCAAACUCUGACGCAGAAAGGAGACGGGAAGGAGAGCGAGGAGCAGCGGGACAGAGGACGAGGGGGGAGACAGGGAGGCAGAGAGGAGGGGAGUAAGGACGGGAGGGGGGACAGAGACGACCAAAGAGAGAAAGUGAACGAGGAGAAACACAGACUCCCUCCUGAGAGGGAGCAGGAGGCGCAAACAGGCAGAGAGGAGGAGAUGGAGGUGACAGAGGAGGGUCAGAGGGCAGACAGAGGCGAGGAGGAGAGGAUGGAGGAGGAGGAGGAGGAAGGAGAGACCGCCAUGGACCAGUCUGAGAGCCUGACCAGUCAGAUUCUCCACCAGAACCAGAACACAGACCCUGUCCCCGCACCUGGCAAAGACUCCAGCCUGGAGCCCAAACCCGUCCUGGGUCUCAUUCCAGCUCCAGCCCCACUCACUGUCCCAGUAACUGUCCCACUAACUGUCCCAGUAAGUGUCCCGGUAAGUGUCCCAGUCCCAGCUCCAGUCCCGGAGGUCUCUGUCCACAGUCAGAGGCUCCCAGAGUCUCAGCGGGAGCUGCAGCCGGUCGGCCAGGAGGACUUCUGUGAGAACAUGUCGACGCAGUCUGACAACCAGUCAGCGUUGUCCAGCCUCUCCUCCCAGUCUCCCCCGUCCUCGCCCUUCAUCACCCCCUCGGCAGAAAACCCUCCCCCGCUCCUCCCCGCUCAGACCGCCCUCCCCACCGACCUCAGCCUAUCACAGACGGAGAAAGCCCACAACAAAACGCUUGGCGAGUCGCCGCAGCUGGCCGAGUCGCCGCAGCCGGCCGAGUCGCCGCAGCCGGCCGAGUCGCCGCAGCCGGCCGAGGCUGAAACGGAGCCGGAGCCCCUCGGCCAAUCGGGAGACGAGUCGGAGAGCUUCGGCCAAUCGCUGAGCAGCCCCUGGGAGCCGAGGGCGUGGCCUGAGGGCCGACAGGUUCUGACUCACCUGGUGGAGGGAUUCGUCAUCCAGGAGGGGCUCCAACCGUUUCCUGUGAACCGCUCGUCGCUGCUGGUUCCAGAGCAGGUGACCAAACCAGAGGAAGUGAACGGGACCAAUGGGAGCGUGGCGUUGCCUGUGAUGGACACAAGUAAACAAUCAGAGCACUCCACGGAGUCAGAGGGGGACGAGGGCGGAGACACCGAUGACCCCGCCAACAGGUCGUCUCACAGGGACAGGACGGUGCUGCACUGCCAGUUUUGUGGGAAAAGAGGCCACGCGCACAACUUCAUGCGGUCCAAACGCUUCUGCUCCACUUCCUGUGCACGCGGCUUCAACGUCCGUCUGACGAAGCGUCUGCGGGCUCUGAGUGCAGGCAGCCGGUCAGAGAGGCCCCGCCCCGCCCUGAACAGGGCCGAGUCCGUCCCCGGGAAGCCUCUGUUACUGAGACUGCCUCGCGACCUCUGGAGGCGAGAGAAGGAGGGGAAGGAGAAGGCAGCGCCCGCGGAGGAGGAGGAGGACAUGGAGGGGAGGGGGGAGGAGGAGGAUGAAGAUGGCGGGGAGGAGGAUCCUGCUGUUGCCAUGUCAGCCAGGAUGGAGCGCAGGGCGGCGCGGAGAGCGAGGAGGGCGUCCGCACCGGCGCUGACCACCUCCACGCCCACAACCACGUUCAAACCGGCGCCGUCCCAGUGGAGUGUGGAGGAAGUAACUGCCUUCAUUCACACGCUGCCAGGCUGCGGCGACGUGGCCGAGGCUUUCCGCCUGCAGGAGAUCGACGGGCAGGCUCUGCUGCUGCUGACCGAGGACCACCUGAUGACCAGCAUGAACAUCAAACUGGGACCGGCUCUUAAAAUCUGCGCUCACAUCAACGCACUGAAAAACCAAUGAGAGAGAAAAAGAGAAAAAUCAGACUGAUGCCGAGGAAAAAAAAAGGGGCGUGAAAAGUGACUACAAAGAUGCUGGAAAACAGGAAUAGAAGACGUCCGAGGAGAAAAAAGACAGAGUUUUUUAACGACAAACAAAAGCUGACACCAAGGAUGACAGAAAAAAGUCACAAAAAGAGAUUUCAUGGUAAUUUAUGAGAUUAUAAAUCGAGGUGUGGCCUUAGGAGACAGGAACAGAAGCGUGAAGAGUCCAGAGGAAAUUUCAUCCGUUUUGGGCCCUCGGACUGUAGCAGGAGAGCGGGGGGAUUUUUGUAACUUUGUGUACAUUUUACAUGCCGCUGGAGAGUGUACAUUUGAGCUAUUUCAUGAAGGAUUUUGAACAUUUAAUAUAUAAAAUUUGUCUAUUUAGUUUUUUUAGAACGUGACGUCAACGACAAAUCUAUCCAGUAGCUAACAUAACCGGUGUGUGUAAAAAAAAAAAAAAAAAAUAAUACGUAGACUUUGUAAGUGAUUAAUGAAAGUUUAAUGUUUUAUAUCACUAUAUUCUGGACAAAAACAUGUCUGUGGAUUAAAAAAAAAGGAGUCACUAUCAGGGUAGAGACUGGUGUCUUUAAUCGUCACAUUUUUAUGGUAUCAUGCUUGAAAUUAUUUAAUAAAUGAAUAAUUAAUCAAA